GAUGAAGUUACCACCCACAAUGGUCUUGUAGGGAGGGAAAUAUCCCAUUUAAUGUACUUUGCAUAGCUCGAGUAGCCUAGAUCAAACCACGAAAACCAGUCAGAGGUGGGUCUCUUUUUCUCACAGCGCGAGUGGCACUGUGACAGCGCGCGCACUUGUCUGUGGUCACCACAACUCCACGGAGCGGAGGAAAGCUGCGACUCAACUCGCCUGAACAAACACGCUUAGAGUAGUGCAUUUGUGUAUUACUUUGUCAGGGUGAUAAAACGUGUGGAAUGAUUUGGUUACCACUCAUAUUUUUAAAUUGAGUUUUGGCGGUUGGACGUUCAGAAAUGACAGAAUGCCUGCGGAGAAACCUACAACUCAGGUGCGGCGGAAACACGCUUGUGCACAGCUAAAAGUAAGAAGUCCCAGUGAAGGUCUACCGGAGCUGCUUCAUUCAAUCUAGCAGCUGUUUCCUUUAAGACUUUCAAUGAAAGCCUGAAGUGAGCUGGACCUAAGGGACAUGCUGGUGAACGGGUAAAUCAAGAUUUACAGAGGGGUGUCACCACUGACCCCACAGUCACCUCCUCAAAGUGUCCCCCAAAGUGUCUCAGAAGCUGAUACCAGGUUAUUUCUAUCCCCUCUUUCCAUCCAAAAAGAAAGAUAUCAUACAUUCAGGAGGAAUGGUCAGAUUGGCUCAUCCUCACACCUACUGCAGGAGCCAUUGAGUGGCGGAGUGAAGUCCCACUGAGCAAUUAUCGGGAGCACAACUAUGUGUGUCCCUGAGGAUGUCCUUUCACACUGGUUGAUGGCACCAUGUCUUCGCUCGUCUACAUUGUUCUUGAGCUCCUGAUUGCAGUUUUGGCCGUGGCGGGGAACGUUCUGGUGUGCUGGGCCGUCUGCCUUAACAGUAACCUCCAGAGCAUCACCAACUUCUUUGUGGUGUCACUGGCCGUGGCGGACAUUGCAGUAGGACUCCUGGCCAUUCCGUUCGCCGUCACCAUCAGCACGGGCUUCUGCAGCCAUUUUCACGGGUGCCUCUUCAUUGCCUGCUUCGUGCUGGUCCUCACACAGAGCUCCAUCUUCAGUUUGUUGGCCAUUGCUGUGGAUCGGUACAUCGCCAUCAAGAUCCCAUUGAGGUACAACAGCCUCGUCACAGGACAAAGGGCCAAAGGCAUCAUUGCGGUAUGCUGGAUACUUUCAGUGGUCAUCGGCUUGACCCCUAUGCUAGGCUGGAACAGACGUGUCGCCGCAGAAACCAACAGUUCUUGUCCUCAAGGUAUGACAGAGUGCCUGUUCGAGAAGGUGGUCACCAUGGACUACAUGGUUUACUUCAACUUUUUUGGUUGCGUCUUGAUUCCGCUAUUUGCCAUGCUGGCCAUCUAUGCAUGGAUCUUCAUGGCUGCCCGUCGCCAGCUCAGACAGAUGGAGCAGAAACUAGUACACUUGCAAGGAUACGCCCACAGAGAAGGAUCCUCCUCCCGGUCCACGCUGCAAAGGGAAGUCCACGCAGCCAAAUCACUGGCAAUCAUCGUGGGCCUCUUUGCUGUUUGUUGGCUCCCUUUGCAUAUCAUUAACUGCUUCACACUGUUCUGCCCACAGUGUGGUCGACCUCAGGACUGGGUCAUGUACCUGGCCAUAAUGCUUUCACAUGCUAAUUCAGCAGUGAACCCAUUUAUAUACGCCUACCGAAUACGUGACUUUAGGCACACCUUCCGAAGGAUCAUCCGAAAGCACUUCCUGUGGCAUGAAAACAGACUGACAAGUGGUAACAGAAACGGAGGCAUGGCUGCUUCUUCUGCUCCGAUUAGUGUGAUUGAGACUUCUUGUACAGUGUCCAACGGGUAUGUGUUGGAUGUCAAUCCCAUUCCUGGCAUGGUUUCCUGUGACAAAUUUACAAAGCAAAUGCCAUCAACAACCAGGCCUCAAAUGGAAUUCCAAGACUUAGGAUACAGUUUAAAUGGAGCUUUGGAAAAUUCCUUUCCCGCCAGUUCAACACAGAUUUUCUCAUUACAUACCGGGGAGGAAGUUCCCUCCAUCAGGGACCAUGUAGAAAUCAUGACUGUAAAAGACUGCAGUGCUAUUACUAAUGUACACGUCAGAUGUCUGGUACCCAUAAGGACAAGGAACUCAUCCGAUCUUGCAGAAGUGUCAUGACACACACUUCCAUAAUGCUACAGGAAUUAUGCCUCAGAAAAAAACCCGAAUUACGCUUGUUUCGUUCUUCAUGAAGUAAUUCCUGAUCUGAAUUGUUGUGCUAGUGAGGGUGACUUCACUUACAGUGCUAUCAAGGGUUAGGAAAGAUAAAACUAUGUGAGGAUCACAUAACUCAUGUGGGAACCCUCACUAUACAAAUUCCAGGAAUUCCUGCUUGUCUUUGCAGUCAAACACUCCAGUUUUUCAGACCUCAAGAAGAACUUGUUCGCUGACAUUGUAGAGCAUUUUCAAAGCUUAUAUGUUUCCAAGGCGCUUUAUUAAAAGAGCAUUGUAUCCUGGUUAAAGUGGGAGAGGCCUAAUGGAUUAAAUCAAUAUUCUGAGGAAUUCAGCUAAAUAUGUCAUGACCGUGCCAUAAAAGACCUUGAACAGGCACUCUGUCAUACA